CACAUGGCAAAGCUGAAGCCGACACGCAUCAUCGUUGUGGGCGCUGGCCCCGUGGGGUUAUUGACGGCACUUAUGCUCGGUCAAAGUGGCUGCGAGGUAGAGGUGUUAGACGCUGCCAUGGGCAUUGAUCCUCGGCCACGAGGUGCGGCUUAUGGUCCCCCUGCUGUCAGAGUUCUUCGACGCGCCGGUGUCCUCGAUAAAGUUCGUGCAGUAGGUUUUGAGGCUAGAGAUAUGUGUUGGAGGGAGCUUGGGGGAAAAUACAUUGCUGGCUUCUCGAGGCUAGAAGAUCCUGGCUUUGACGACCGGUCAAUAGUCUUACCUGUCCACCUUCUGGCGAGCCUCCUGCACGAGGAGGUAAAAGCCUUAGCAAAUGUCAAGCUGCACUGGGGCCAUAGCUUUGUUGGUUUGAUCCAGGAUGAGAGUCAGGUGACGGUACAGGUUGAAACCAGCCAAGGUGGUCAACCUACCAUCACAUCUCUCGUCGCUGACUUCGUUAUUGGUUGUGAUGGGGCUCGGAGUGCGGUCAGAAAGGCACUUUUCAAGGACUCAUUUCCCGGUUUCUCGUGGGAUGUUCAAAUCGUGGCAACCAAUAUACGAUACGACGGUUUCAAAAAGCACGGGUGGUCCGAUGUGCAAUGGAUCAUUCACCCCGAGCAUUGGUUCUUAGCAUGUCGGUUGGACAACACGGACUUGUGGCGAGUUGCUUACGGCGUGCCCUUUGAUAUCAACGACGAGCGCCUGAGACAAGAGCUGGCCGCAAAGUUCGAGACAAUCCUGCCAGGAAAUCCAAAAGAAGGGCAAUACGAGCUGCUCAGAUGGAGUCCUUUCAUCAUGCAUCAACGUUGCGUCGAAAGGAUGCAGGUAGGUCGAGUAUUGCUGGCUGGAGAUGCUGCGCACCUUUGCAAUCCGAUGGGCGGCCUUGGCCUGACGGGCGGCCUGGCUGACGUCGGCAGUCUUGUGGAUUGCAUUCGAGGCAUUCAUGAGGGUAGAGCAAGCCUUAAAAUUCUCGAGGUAUAUUGUCAGAAACGGCGAGCGAUCUAUCACAAUUUCAUCGACCCAGUGUCAACAGCCAAUCUGAAUCGAUGUAGGCAGGAGGCAUCAGGGGCUUUGAAGAAUGAUGAAGUCCUCAAGAUGAUCAAGAUAGCCUCUGAGGAC